GCAGAAGCGCAGUCGGCAAGUGGCAAAUACACACACACGUAAAAUAUCAGGACUGCUGGUUUUGUCAACUUAAGUAGAUUUAAAGGCAGGAACGAAGGAGGUGGGGGAAACCCAUUCAGUAAUUGAUCCACCGUUUAAAAAGAUGCAGUCUGGCCACAUGGAACUCAACACGGGGAUGCAGAAGAUGUCCAUUUUCCAUCAAACAGGGAAAGGAUCUCCAUGUUCGGGAUGCAAAGGAAUGUGUAAAACGUUUGAGCCACAUGCUUGGAGGAAGAUAUGCAAGUCGUGCAAGUGCAACCAAGAGGAUCACAGCCUGCACUCCGAUGCUGAGGAGGAUCGGAAAAUCGGCCGCCUUUUGGCUGAUUCUAAGUAUUCUAACCUGACUGCGCGGGUGAAGGGAGGAGAUGGAGUCCGCAUCUAUAAAAGGAACCGAAUGAUUAUUACCAAUCCCAAUGUAACGAAGAAAGAUCCAACUUUUGACACAGUCACAUAUGAGUGGGCCCCACCAGGCUUGACCCAGAAACUGGCUAUUCAUUACAUGGAAUUAAUUCCAAAAGAUAUGCAGCCAAUUGCUGGCAUGGAAGGGGCCUACUAUCGCCGUAGGCAACUAGUAAGGCAGCUGCCAGUCUAUGACCAGGACCCCUUUCAAUGCCAUGCUUUGUCAGAGAAUGAGGUGAAGAGCAUGGAGGAGUUUGUCAGGAAGUACAAGAGUGACUCGCUGGGAGUUGGAGAAGUGGCGCUGCCUGGCCAAGUGGGUAGUACCAAAGAAGAAGCUAACCAGCAGCAGAAAACUGAAGCCAUGGGACAAUUUACCAAUGGCAAGGUGGCAAAGGGGAAGCCUCAGGACAGCCCUGCAUCAACCAAUGGAACACUGGCAGAGGCCCAACAAAAAAGCGAAUAUCAUUGUGAGCUUUGCAAGCAAGCAGUCAGCACUGAGAGCCCUGUGGUAUAUGGGGAGCGAGCUGGGUACGACAGGCUUUGGCACCCAGCGUGCUUUUUGUGCACCAGGUGCAGAGAGCCCCUGGUGGAUCUCAUCUACUUCUGGAAGAGCGGGAAGCUCCUGUGUGGUCGCCAUUACUGUGAGAGUGAAAAGUCCCGCUGUGUUGCCUGUGAUGAGUUAAUUUUCUCGGAAGAUUACUUGGAAAGCGAGGGAUUGACGUGGCACAAGAAACAUUUCUGCUGCCUGGAGUGUGAGCAGCCACUGCUGGGAAAGUCCUAUGAGCUGGAGCAGGCAAAGCUGCUGUGCACAUCCUGUUACAAAAACAUUAAGAAAAUGUGAAGGCCUUUCAUUGGAACAAGGAUCCUGUUGUGUUUUUCAUAUGCAGUAAAAACAUUAAAGCUAAGGAAGUUUAGUCAGCAUAGGAUGCAAAUCUAACUAUAAUACAGAAACCAAUUUCUAUGAGUGAAAGCAGUUCCAUAGAGUGGGCAUUCUUUACAAGCUCUGCAAGAUUCAUCUGUAAGACCGUGGUGAUGCUUGUGUUAUUAGUUCAUUAUUUUGCAAUGCCCUCUGAGUGACACACUUUUUAAUCCAUAGAAUUGAUCCGUUUUUUUGUAUAAAGUGCUCAAUCCCAGUAAUCACUUUUUUCGUAAAACACAUCCAACCUCAACUGCUCUAGAAGAAAUACUUCUAUAUAAAUAGUUGUAGAUAUAGGUUUACAUGUGUAGAGAUGACGAUGUCCAGCUGUAGAUCACUGCUGGGUGGAUGACAGAAAACAUUGAAAGUGUUUGUAUGGGUUAGACAUGCAGUGUGUUGAUGCCCAGAAAUCCUGUUGUACUAACUGCUCUCUGGUCAGGCUGUGAAAGCCUUUUCUUUACCACUUACAAUGGAAAAGGAGGAUGUAAACGUAAAGUGUUUGGUGCCAGUUUACACUCUUCUUUUUUAAUUAAAUAAUUCCAGGAUGUCAGAGCCCAAAAUAUAACUCCACCUUUUGGGACCCAUCAACCUAAGACCAGGAGUUUUUAUACAGGGUGAGGAGAAAAAUUCUCAAAAUGCUUUGUACAGUCUCUGAAUCCCAUCUUGUAGAGAGGUUCUACCAUAUUUCUUUCAAUGUUGGUAUAUAUUAUGUAUAGAAUAAAUAUAGCAACCUGAGGACAUGGCAUUAAAUGGGCUCAUGGAAAAUUAACCUGGAAUCCAUUUUAUUGGCAUUCCUGUGGGGGUGUUUUGAGCUAAAAUUAAACAGCUGUUGGAAUUGAAUUUUGAGCUGUGUAUUACUGUAAAGGUAAACACUUAAUUGGAUCAUUGCUGACAAAGAAUAUGUACUUGGAAUUAAACAAAUUCAAGCCAUU